AUGGUGGGAGAGCCUGCAGGGGUGGCGCUCCUAGGCACGCAGCCAGGACGUGGGUCAGCAGGACCUCUGUCAGCCCAAGUUAAAAAGCAAAGGAGAGGGAUCUGGUUGACCUGCAAGGAGCAAUUUGCAAGAACGAAUGCUGACCACUACGGAGGAGUAAUUGCCUAUAUCAGUUCUUCCAGCUCAGCCUCCAGCCCUGCCUCUUGUCACAGUGAGGGUUCCGAGAACAGUUUCCAGUCCUCCUCCUCUUCUGUUCCAUCUUCUCCAAAUAGCUCUAAUUCUGAUACCAACGGGAAUCCCAAGAAUGGUGAUCUCUCCAACAUUGAAGGCAUCCUGAAGAAUGAUCGUCUAGACUGUUCUGUGAAAACAAGCAGAUCGAGUGCAGCGGGGAUGACCAAGAGCCACAGUGGAGUGACGAAAUUUAGCGGCAUGGUUUUACUGUGUAAAGUCUGUGGGGAUGUGGCAUCGGGAUUCCACUAUGGCGUUCAUGCUUGUGAAGGCUGUAAGGGUUUCUUCCGCAGAAGUAUUCAACAAAACAUCCAGUACAAGAAGUGCCUGAAGAAUGAAAACUGCUCUAUAAUGAGAAUGAAUAGGAACAGAUGUCAGCAGUGUCGUUUCAAAAAGUGUCUGUCUGUCGGGAUGUCAAGAGACGCUGUUCGGUUUGGUCGUAUCCCUAAGCGUGAAAAACAGAGGAUGCUAAUUGAAAUGCAAAGUGCGAUGAAGACCAUGAUGAACAGCCAGUUCAAUGGUCACUUGCAGAAUGACACAUUAGUAGAACAUCAUGAACAGACAGCCUUACCAGCCCAGGAACAGCUGCGACCCAAGCCCCAGCUGGAGCAAGAGAACAUCAAAAGCUCUCCUCCUCCCCCUUCUGAUUUUGCAAAGGAAGAAGUGAUUGGCAUGGUGACCAGAGCCCACAAGGAUACCUUUUUGUAUAAUCAAGAGCAGCGAGAAAACUCAGCUGAGAGCAUGCAGCCCCAGAGAGAACGGAUUCCCAAAAACGUGGAGCAGUAUAAUUUAAAUCACGACCACUGUGGCAAUGGGCUUAGCAGCCAUUUUCCCUGUGGUGAGAGCCAGCAGCAUCUCGAUGGACAGUACAAAGGGAGGAGCAUGAUGCAUUACCCGAAUGGGCACGCCAUUUGUAUUGCAGAUGGACACUGCAUGAACUUCUCCAGUGCUUAUACUCAAAGAGUAUGUGAUAGAGCUCCGGUAGAUGGAUUUUCUCAGAAUGAGAACAAAAGUAGUUACCUGUGCAACACUGCAGGGAGAAUGCAUCUGGUUUGUCCAAUGAGUAAGUCUCCACACGUGGAUCCUCAUAAAUCAGGGCAUGAAAUCUGGGAAAAAUUUCCCAUGAGUUUUACCCCAGCAGUGAAAGAAGUAGUGGAAUUUGCAAAGCGUAUUCCUGGGUUCAGAGAUCUCUCUCAACAUGACCAAGUCAACCUUUUAAAGGCUGGGACUUUUGAGGUUUUAAUGGUACGAUUUGCAUCAUUAUUUGAUGCAAAGGAGCGUACUGUCACCUUUUUAAGUGGCAAGAAGUAUAGUGUGGAUGAUUUACACUCAAUGGGAGCAGGGGAUCUGCUAAACUCUAUGUUUGAAUUUAGUGAAAAGCUAAAUGCCCUCCAACUUAGUGAUGAAGAGAUGAGCUUGUUUACAGCAGUUGUGCUGGUGUCUGCAGAUCGAUCUGGAAUAGAAAACGUCAGCUCUGUGGAGGCUUUACAGGAAACACUCAUCCAUGCACUAAGGACCUUAGUAAUGAAAAACCAUCCAAACGAGGCCUCUAUUUUUACAAAAUUGCUUCUAAAGUUGCCAGAUCUUCAAUCUUUAAACAACAUGCACUCUGAGGAGCUCCUGGCCUUUAAAGUUCACCCUUAAGGCCUUCAGUUAUUUAAACCUGAACUGAUGCUCACUGUAUAUUUUGUGCUCAAAUGCUUAUUUAUAUGUGUAUACCAUAUGUGGAGAUAGAAGAGGUCAUUAAGACAAUACAAGAUUGUAGGCUCUAUCUGUAACCAUGCAGUAGCUGUUCGGAAUGAGAACUCUUCAGCCGUGACUAGACAUUGACCGCAUUUUCCUGAUAGACCAGUCAGCUGUGUCGCACUUAAGCUGAAGAAGUUACACUGAACAAUAAUCACACUGAAUGUUAGACUUUUUCAUCUGCCAAAACCAAAAAUCAUGUUAUUCUCCCUGUGGUAUAAAUAUAACGCACAAAAAAGAAAAAAGAAAAAAAGGAAAAACCCACAACACAAGUCUGUGAGAAUUUAGAAAUCGAUUCUUUGAGGUAGAAGUGCUGUUGCGUGAUGGAGAUCCUGGUAUUACCAUUCGAUCAUUUGAUCUGGUAAUUGGAGACCGUGGGAAUUAGAUCUCCAUGUCUGUAUUUUACUCUGCCACUGUUGAAGUAUACGAUCCUGGCAGAUUAAUGACUGUGGAAAAUGAGAACUGUUAGUGUCCCCAGUGACCCACCUCACAGAGAUACUGAAAACAAAUCUACAAAGCAUAUUUACCUCUUGGGAGAUAGGCACUAUGUAAAUAAGGUAACAUUUUUGUUAUUAAAAUGACUCAAUACUCUUUUCUUAUUUUUGAGCCUUUCUGGGAAAUCACUUCAUGGUCCACACCAGGUUCCUGCAUAUGUGUGGGGUAUCCUACUGAUACACACAUUCAGAGUUUAUGGGUACAUCAGAUAGGUUAUAUGUGUAUAUAAUAUGUAUGUGAAUAUAGUGAUGCGUAAAUAUAUUUCUUCACAAUAUUUUAAACUGCGAAGAACUUUAUCAGACAAUAAAUUUAAAACAAGAGGUGUCAAAAGACCCAAAUUAGGUGCAUUUUACCUGUUGAUGACAUAAUCAUUGCUUUAAAUGUGUAGACAGUAGAGUAGAAUAUUUGAAUUUAUGCUCUAUUUUUGUUCAUUUAAGCAACACUUAAUGUAAAAGUGCAACAGGCAGUUGAGCCCAGGUUUUAAAAAACACGUACUUUAGAGUUUAUCUUUGGUAAAAUCUUUGGUUCAAGGUACUAGUUGUUGAAAUCUUCAGAUUCUUACCUUGUACUAAAAAAAGAUU